UGCAAGCACAUAGAAACAACCACUAAAUAUUCAAGAUGUUUAAGCAUACUUUGAUUUUGUCUGCUGUGAUUGCCUGCGCUUUGGCCUGGACCAUCCCAGAAAAAUUCCAACCUUUGGCCGAUGAAGUUAUGGAAAAGUGCUCCAAGGAAACCAACACACCAGUUGAGUUAAUCAAGAAAGUACGCGCCGCAACUGAGCUCCCAGCUAAAGGUUCCGACGAUGAAGCCAAAUACAAGCCAUACAUUCAUUGUGGAUUCGUACACACCGGUGUUUUCAAAAAUGGCGUUUUCGACGAUGCUGUCGCUGAUAAACUGAUUGAAGGCCUUCAAGAGAUUUACAACAAGCCUCUGCGUGCUUGCAAGAACGAACGUGCUGAUAACGAUGUUGACUCUGUCUGGAAGAUGAUGCACUGCUUCUUGGAACAUGUUGAAGACAAAAAACAUUUCUUCAUCUAUUAAACAUUCCUGGCAAACCUGAUGAGACGAUUACAAUUC